UGCAGCAAUUCAUUUCAUUCUCAUCUGCAUACUUCAUCAUCUUUUCAGUAUCAGCAUCGAAAGCAAAAUAAAAUAUAAAUGAAUUUUGUUCAGGGAAUUUUCCUUCAAGUCAAAAAAUUGGCUACAGGUAGUGAGGACCUGGACCUAUCAGCAUCACCGUUUGUUUCUGUAGCGGACUGCCAUAGUUGUGCUACGCCUUGCCGUGAAGAAGAUCACCCGCACUACCCAUCACACCUAAAGAUCAACCAGGAUAGACCUCUACUCUAUUCUGUCAAACCCUAUACACGCCAUAUCCUCAUCUCGACCGGCCAGGAUGAUUGGGAGUCGCAUAUUGAUAGAGAUAAAGACUCUCUGGCAUUUCAUCUUUCCAAAGCCAUUGAUGAGGGCCAGAAACGACUUAAGGACACAGAUGACCGUGAUCCAGAAAAGAUUUUAGUUACCAAUAGUUCGAGAAAAGCAGAAAAUUGGGAAGGUCCUGGAUGGCAGGUGAUUAUUUUACCAGAUCAGAUCAUCGUCAAUAAUGUCACGCCGGAGCAAUGCAAUGAUUUCUUUGAGGCAUUCCUAAGGCCUGCAGUUGGAUCUAUCUCGUUUCAGGGAGUGACGACGACAUCAACGGAUCAUAAUCAACAAGGCAUUGAAGUAGAAGCAGGCAAAACAGCAUUCCGUGCGUUACGCUGGUUGCCAAAGGCUGUCAUAAUGAUCUGCUCACAUAAGCGACGGGACAAACGCUGUGGUGUGACAGCUCCCAUCUUGCGCAAGGAGUUUAUGCGAGUCUUACGAUCUAAGGACCUCUAUGGCGAUUGUGAAGGUGAUGUCGAGAUCUGGAUGGUGAGCCAUAUUGGCGGACACAAGUUUGCAGGCAAUGUGAUUGUGCAUAAGAAUGAAGGCAUGGCUGUCUGGUACGGACGAGUGGAGCCAUGCCAUAGCCAGGCAAUUGUUGAGGCGACAAUUGAACGAGGCGAGAUCAUUAGGGAGCUGUAUCGAGGUAGCAUGAACGGUAGUUUUGACCUACAGAUGAAGAAGACUGCAUGGUGAAGGAUGAAGAUUUGAAUAGUCUAAUAAUACUCUAUCAUUACAUUAAACGAUUUUACUCAAAC